UCGCCAGUCGCGUAUGUGUGUCGUCCCCAGCCAAUCACGACACAGCCUCUUCGUGAGAAACCUACUGUGCACUGUCUGAAUAUCAGUCCACCCCCGACUCUAAUGCAGCGGCAAGUGUUGACCGAUCCCGUAUGAAAGAGGCAUUAAGCUACUUAAAAGGCUUGCUGUGGUUUACCUUUAGCGGAAUCCCGGGGAGAUUUUCCAAGGUGUUGCGUGCUCGCCCUGCGGGGAGAGAAAAAAACUUUGGGUGGAUAACCUUGCUCGUGAUUUGUUUAUUUUCUGCAAAGGGCAAAAUGUGAUGCGUCUGGAGUAAUUUUCGAGUUCUUUAUUUUUUAAUUAUUAUUUUACGGUCUAUUUUUAUUGGUUAUAACUGGUUACAAAUCGUUACAGUGGCUUUGGCUGUUUCUCGAUUCUGUUCUGGGAUUCAACUCAACUGUUUCACUCACCUGUCUAGCCACUCCCAGUCGCUGUACGGGACGAGCACGGCGUUUAGUGGAUGCACCGAGGUGUCAGGUGUGUGAGGGUCAGUACCGUAUAGCGGGGCACCAGCGACCCUCCGAAUCGCAAGCUGCCCGCUUCCCCCGAUGUCCCGUUCGGCGGACAACAUGAUUUUCCUGGGAGUACUUCUGAAUGUCUUCAUUCGAGGAAGCGUACAGGCCUCCACCUCGCUGCUUCUGCAGUUGCUCACCAUCGCCCUCUACCUUCCAGGAAGCGUACAGGCCUCCACCUCGCUGGCGGACUGCCUGGAGGCGGAGCGGAGCUGCGCAGCGAAGCCCGGCUGCGGUGUGCUGUACCAGGAGCUGGACCACUGCGCGUCCGCGGAGGCGCUCUCUCCGCUGGGGCCCGAGGCCCGCCACCGGUGCCUGAAGGCCCAGAGCGCGCUGGAGGACUACCGCCCCCUGCUGGACUGCAAGUGCCAGCGCGGGGUGAGGCACGAGGCCGCCUGUCUGAAGGUCUACUGGACCGUCAGGUUCUCGCAGGGACGUGAGGAGUAUGAUGUUUCUCCGUAUGAAGAUGUGGAGCAGGACCUGGUGAGGAACAUUGGGACUUCCCGAAUGGCCUCUAUAGUGUCAGCCUCCUCCCUCUCUCUGGACGGUCAGAACCAGUGCCUGAAGGCGGCGCAGGACUGCGGGCUGUUCGAGAAGUGCGGGUCGCUCCGGUCCGAGUACGUGGUGGCGUGCACCAAGCGUGCGCCGGGCUCCGCCCACUGCAACCGGCAGAAGUGCCACCGCGCGCUGCGGCGCUUCCUGGAGCGCGUGCCGGCCGAGUACAGCCUGGGCGUGCUCUUCUGCCCCUGCACCGACGCGCUGUGCGGCGAGCGCCGGCGCAAGACCAUCGUGCCGUCCUGCUCCUACCAGGAGAGGGAGGGCAAGCCCAACUGCCUGAGCCUGGAGGCCUACUGCAUGAAGGACGAGCUCUGCAGAUCCAGACUGGCUGAUUUCCAGUAUAACUGCCACCCGUCCCCCCUGUCUGCGUCUGGCUGCCUGAGGGAGAAUGGAGCUGCCUGUCUGAAGGCCUACGCUGGCCUCAUUGGCACCAUCAUGACUCCGAACUAUGUGAGCAACAGCAGUGUGGAGGUGUCUCAGUGGUGCAGCUGCGAGGGCAGUGGGAACCAGUGGAGGGACUGUCUGCGCAUCCUGGAGGCCUUCAGCAGCAACGGCUGCCUGCGGAACGCCAUCAGUGCAUUUGGGAGCUUGUCCCUUCGCCCCGAGGAGAACACCCCACCCGCAUCGCCGCGCCCCUCCCCCAAAAUCCAGCAGGGCGACCCGGACGACAACGUUCUGCCUGACCUGAGCACUGUGGAAGACCCUGAGGAGGAAGAAGACGGAAGGGAGUUCAACGUCAUCCCGAACUACUCUGAGAAAGAGUCCAACCUGCGGUCUGGAGUCCGGGCGGGCUGUGAGGGGAUGCCAGCCCCACCCAGAUCUCUGCUCGUCCCGCUACUGCUCACCGUCCCACUGAGCUGGGGGUGAGGGGGGAGGAGAGGUCCCUGCACAACCCAACACCCCCCCCCCCCAAAAUAUAAACCUACUCACUCACAUAAUCACUAACUUGCACAUUCAAACAGAUACAACAGGAGUGGAGAGAUGGAGAUGGAGAGAUGGAGAAGACAGAGAGGAAGGAGUAGCGAAAGAUUAAAGAAGAGGAACAAGAUGGCUUCUCUCCUCCUGUUUUCUGUUUUUGUUUAAGAAGUUUUUGUAAAUAAUCAUAGGUGAACGCACCCACCCACCUUCUACUCUCAUAAGUAAGGCUGUGGAAUAAUAAUCUUACUAGGCCAAAAAAGUGGCACAUGAAUGAGCUAAUUGGUGGAUGCAUAGCUAAGCAGCACCUGGGUAAAUCAGUGUGACAGAACCCCCCAAUUCUCUAAGCCAGAAAACCUGGCGAUGGAAAUGAUCAAAUGGUAAUGCACCCCAAUAGUUGUGGUAAGAAGGUCCAGGGUUAUUUCUUGAGUAUACCCCAAGAUUUGAUGUACGGUUGACCAAACCGCAUGUGAAUAGCCCUCACUGUUAUGAGAAGAGAAAGGGAGAGAUUAUCUGCCCUCUCUUUCUUUCUUCUCCUCUUUUGAUCUGGCUUCCACAGCGCUUCCUGCCUGUUUUUUCUUUUCCCUCCGCCGCUACCAUAAUCCCUCUGUUCCUCUCGCUCUCUGUAAAUCUCUGAAGAUGCGUCCCGUGGCCCUGAGUUUCUGUGGUUUUUUACUGUGCCCUGCUUCAGUCGGGAGGGGGGGGGGGUUUAAGGGGGAUCACGGCGCGUUUCCUGCUCGGUUCGCAUGAAGGCUGUUCAGCCCCGCCACUUUUAGACCGUUUUGAAAUUUUUCAAACUUUUGUUAUUUUAUUAUUUCCCAUUUUUUUCUUCUCCACAAAGUUUCAGUGCCCAGAAUCAUAAAUUAUCCUCUGUAAAAUCUCGAGGGUUCGCGGGAUUAUGUUCGCUCUACAGUCCACCUGCCGCAGAGUGUACAGUACACGUACUUUGCAAGGGGAGUACAUAGCCAUUUUGAGCACCGGUGCCCAGUCGGCUAGAAUGAGAUACCCUGCCGACCAAAAUCCUCCCUCCCUGGAAAACAAUGUUGCCAGUUAUGCGACAGUGACAUCAGACCAUUGGCACUCACAUAGCUACUGGUUAAGACCGGGGAGGGGCAUCUCAACACUAAGAACAAGUGUCCCAGGUGGAUUAUCCGUAACUUCUGCACCGAAAUUGUGCUCCUUGUUUUAUUUUUACUUUUUUUCUCCCAGGAGGCAAGUAUAGUUUUCUUUAUUUAUUUUCCACCUGAAAUGACAUUUUUUGUUUGUCUUCUCCUUCCCUGCUGAACUCACAACAUUUUAUGCAGGUAGGGAGAAGCAGCUUGACUUCCUGAAAUAUGACAGUUGGAGGUUAAGGAGAAACCGCAACGCGUAGGGAGGUUUUAUUAGCACUGCCCCCCUUCCCCACCCCCCCACCCCACGCACGAACACACACACACACACACUUAAAACACGCGCACGGCAGCACGGUCUCCGCCGUCUUCAUCUUUCCGCCCCCGUUUCCGCCUCCGGCCCCCCGCCCCGCCCCGACUCCGCCACCAUCGCCCUGACGAUAGGCCAUUAACCGUCAGAUAUGGCUGUAUUCCCCUUUGUCUGGCCCGCUCUUCAAUUUU